AUGAGUUCGAAAGAAGCUCUCUCAAACUCCAAGAAGACGGCAGCAAACGAGGGAGACAUGAACGGCGAUUUCCCAGCAGGGUGCACGGGCUAUGGAGGGACAGUGGUCGCCCAGACGCCUCCACAGCAGGUCAGCAGCCCUCUCCAAAGCCCCUCGGCCGCCAUGCCGCCGCUCAAAAGCCCGCACGUAUUGGGCAGUCCCACAGCACGCAUCCCCACCCCGGACGCCACCGGCAAACACGGUAUUCUGGACGGGCACCACGGAGUGCCUGCCGUCGUAAGCUACCACAACGCGGCUCUCCCUGUGCAGGCAGCGGUGCUGCGAGCUGGACAUCAAAUCCAGCUCCAGCCUCCGCCGCUCGGGCGCAUCCCCUUCUCGCUCCACUCGGCGCUGCCCAACGGCGGCGGGCCGUUCCACGUCCCUCCACCCACCCUCAUCCAGAGUGCCCCGCUGGGAGGUGCACCCCCGGCUCUCAUCCCACCCUCCGCAGUCCCACUGUGCUCUCCCGUCACCACCAUGGCCUACCAGCCGGUCAUCCAGAGCCCGCACAGCGCCACCACUCCGCGGAGCAUCCCGCCUACCCAAGCUCCCGACCCCGACUCGAUCGAGGUCAAACAACUAGAAGAGUUUGCCGCCAGUUUCAAGCAGCGGCGCAUCAAGCUGGGCUUCACGCAGACCAACGUGGGCCAGGCCUUGGCCGACGUGCAGGGGACAGACUUUAGUCAGACCACCAUCUGCAGGUUUGAGAAUCUUCAGCUGAGCUUCAAGAAUGCCCAGAAGUUGAAGCCCAUUCUGGAAAAGUGGCUGGAAGAGGCUGAAAAGGCCGGAGGGCCUCAGCGUGAAGAGGAACAGUCCCCCGAACGACGCCGCAAGCGACGGACGUCGAUUGGAGUCGGCGCUAAGGACACGCUCGAACGACAUUUCCUCGCCCAGCCGAAGCCUUCCUCGCUCGACAUCUCGAGAAUCGCUGACGGACUCGGCCUCGAGAAGGAGGUGGUGAGGGUCUGGUUCUGCAAUCGUCGACAGCGGGAAAAACGCGUCCGCUCGUCUUCUGCCACCAACAACAGCCCGCUGGGCGCCGGGACAAAACACGAGAUAAGUCCUCCGGCCCACUAG